ACCACGUGUUUCCGUCCCAAAGUUUUAAGGCAACAUGGCCAACCCGGAGCAGGCGGACGAUGAACCGAAACGCAGUGUAAUUUCCACAGACGGGUCCGCGGGGGUAAACCCAGCCCCGGGCCGUGGUUCGCUCGCCGCGCCGUGUCUGAUCCCGAGCUUCGCGGACGCGCGUGAGCUCGUGCCCGCGCCGUACUCGUGUCUCGUGCUGCACACGCACCGCAGGCAUGUUGCCCUCCCGCCCCUGUACCUGAACAAGAAGAGGACCGGGAUCCAACAAGAACUCAACGCCGAGCUUCUGAAGUACUCCAACAGUUUGAAAGGUGUGCCUUUGGCCUAUGAUGGCAUCAAAAUUAUUGGGCAGCAUGGAGACAUUUUCGAUGACCAAGGCUACAUUCAUUUAAACGUUGAAGCAUCGUUUGUGAUUUUCAAGCCGAUGAAAGGAGAAACACUUGUGGGUGUGAUCAAUAAAAUCGGAGUGGGCCACGUGGGCUGCCUGGUGCACGGCUGCUUUAACGCCAGCGUGGUGAAGCCGGCUCAGCUCACUUCUGAGCAGUGGAGAGACUCUGGCCUGAAGCUGGGAGGCAGCCUGAUGUUCGAGGUGUGUCAGUUGGACGCUGAUGUGGCUGGAGUUCUGCUGAUCAGAGGAAGACUGGAAAAGUCCAGGGUGAACGAGCUUGUUACCUCCUUCAGCAGUGCAGGAAUGGGGGAAGAUGAGACGCUGGAAAUGGUCACUGAGGCAGACUCAUUAACAACUGAAGACCCAACGGAGAGCUGUGAUGCUUCCAAGCCCAAGAAGAAAAAAAAGAAAAAGGACAAAGAAAAGAACAAGAAAUCUGUGGAGGAGCUAAACAACAACCAGACAGAUGGGGAAGUGACUCAUGAUGUGAAUGGUAACAGAGUGGAGGUGGAUUCUGAUCCCAGCAGCCGUCCAAAGGAGAAAAAGAAGAAGAAGAAAAAGGAUAAAAAGCAGGAAUCAGAUGCUAAGCUGCUGUCCCCUAGUGCUGAUCUCCUGAACAGUGACUCAAGUGGAUAUAUUAGUGGAAAAAGCAGUAAAAAGAGAAAAGCACAGGAGGAUGAGCACCUCCAGAAGGACUCUGACAUUCAUCUAGCUAAAAAGAAGAAAAAGAUAAAGUGAGACUUGUUUUCAUGCUAUGACUUUAAUUUUUAAAGUGUCUGAAUGUGUAUUGUUAGUAAUAUAUCAUAAUGCAAUAAAGGACAGAUUAUUCUCUAACAGUAUAUUCUGUAUACUCUAUGCAGAUGUACUGUAGAACAGUAUACUCUUCUUUUUUUAACCAAUAGAGGGCAGUAUGGAGUUUUCAAUGUUCCUUAAAUUGAAUUAAACUGAUUUAGAUUGGCAUUCGAGUAUUGAUGGAAUGUGUAUGAAAGCAACAUAUAAUAAUUAUAAUAAAAGUGAAGGCUAUUUGCUGCAUUUUAAAAUGGUA